AUGACAGGGAGGUUACUUAUGGUAGGAGCCUGCGGACAGGCUCCAUCUAAGGGGGAUGGAUCUGACACGGCCCAUCCGUCGGCGUCCAGGAUGAGGGCCGCAGCCGGCACCGAUAGGGCGGAAGGCCACCCACAGCCCACGGACGAGAUGGGCCACGCGCCAGGAGGCGGGGGUGAUGACCCUGGAGCAGAUCAGAGGGAGGUUUCAAACCAUAGGCAAGAGCCGGGCACAGCCCGAAAACCUACACGGGAGGUUAACCCCGCGGGCCGCCAGGAGGUGCAUGCAGCUGAGGCAACCACCACGGGAGGUUUAGCCUCCCUCGCUCGGGCCAGGGCAGGUGCUGAAGGGACUGAGGGAGACGGCAGCACUGACGACUGCCGCCUGGCCGACCAGCGGCCAGGGCCGAGCGACGUCCGAGCGCUAGGCGGGCUGGCCGACGCCCCUGCGCGCGACCUACGAGGCGACGCGGCAACACUCAGCGAGAAGGCUCGGCGCCUCACCCUGGGGCUUUUGGAUGUCUCUGCCGAGCUUCCCCAGUUGAUCAGGCGUCCUGGUCUUAAGACAUGGAAGGUGUGGGAUAAGGGUUGCUGGCUGACUUCUUACGAAGAAGUUCCUUCUAACAGAAAGGCAGUGAUAGUGCCCAGCAUGUUCCCUUCAGGUCAAGCUGGGGAGCCAAGGGAAGCAUCUGCUUUUGGUGAAGAAGAGAUAUCAGUCAAUGUGAAUGAGCUAGAAACUGAUACCUCUUUGCAGAAGCAAUGUCAAAUUGAUGAAAACUUCGAUGAAAACUUCCCUCUUGAAAGAGGUAACUGUGAUGUGGGUGACGGCAUUGCUUCGAGUAAGACUUGUGAGGAAAAUGAGACAGAAAAGUUUUGCUCUCAAUCCAUAACUCCAAGAAAUCCAAAACCUAAAGCAAAAGAAGUUUCGAACUUUCCUUUGGAACGAUGUAUGAGAAUUUUGCCACAUGACCAAAAUGGAGGAGCCUUUUCAAUUGCUGUCCUCCAAAAAAUUUCUCAUUCAAGAGACAGGCCAAGUAAGCAAGUAGGUUAUACGGAUGAAAGUGGCAAGACUGGAGGGCCAGCAAAGGAGGUCAAUGAGGCAUCAUGCACGGGUAAUACAAGCAUAAUUGUUAAUGCACCAAGUGAUGAUAAUGGUGAUUUAGCUGAGGGAAGUGUGGCCUCAGAUUCUUUGGAUGAACAGGGAAUUUGGUUCAGAAGCAGACCACUUUAG